GAUUAUUAUUGGCACGUUCUGCUACUCUUCCAUGAGAACGAGCGCCUGUAUCGAGGGAAGUGACGCCAGAGCAGGAAACGAGUGACAGAUGCGGAACUUCCGGGAAAGUCCAAACUGGCAGAGAGAGAGAGAGAGAGAGAGAGCUGGGCGGUACCAUGGCUCUCUCCGAGGCACAACUUAAGAAAAUGCUCGGAAAAUACAAAUACAGGGACCUGUCAGUUCGAGAAAUUCUCAAUGUCACCUCCCUCUACAGAGACCUCAAGCCCAUCAUGGAUUCCUACGUGUUCAACGAUGGCUCUUCCAGGGAGUUGCUGAGCCUGUCGGGUACCAUUCCUGUGCCUUAUAAAGGGAAUACUUAUAACAUCCCAAUAUGCCUGUGGCUCCUGGACACUUACCCCUUCAAUCCCCCCAUCUGUUUUGUAAAACCCACCAGUACCAUGACCAUCAAAACUGGCAAACAUGUUGAUGCCAAUGGCAAGAUAUAUCUGCCAUAUCUGCACGAGUGGAAACACCCUCCAUCUGAUUUGUUGGGUCUCAUCCAAAUACUCAUUGUUGUUUUUGGAGAGGAGCCUCCUGUUUUCUCUCGUUCUACUGCUCCUGCUCCGUACCCCAUGUACCCGGCAACAGGACCACCGAAUAGUUCCUACAUGCCCGGGGUAAUGCCCCCCUACCCAGCCACUGCUCAUCCUGCCAAUCCCAGUGGCUACACAGGGUUCCCAUACCCACAGCCUGGGCAGUACCCACCAACAUCCGGCCCCCAGAUCUUCCCUCAGCCCCCGGCGGCACAGCCCCCCGUCACUAAUGCUGGCCCUGCCAGGGACGGGACCAUCGGGGAAGACACAAUUCGCGCCUCUCUCAUUUCGGCUGUGAGUGACAAACUGAGAUGGAGGAUGAAGGAGGAAAUGGACCGGGCCCAGGCUGAGCUCAAUGCCCUGAAGCGCACAGAGGAGGACCUGAAGAAGGGACACCAGAAGCUGGAGGAGAUGGUUACCCGCCUGGAACAGGAAGUGACAGAGGUGGAUAAGAACAUUGAGACCCUGAGAAAGAAGGACGAGGAGCUGGGGGUGGUGGUGGAGAAGAUGGAGAGUCAGUCGGAAUACAGAGACAUUGAUGAAGUGAUUGUCCCCACUGCUCCCCUCUAUAAACAGAUCCUUAACCUCUACGCCGAGGAGAACGCCAUCGAAGACACCAUCUUUUACCUGGGGGAAGCCCUGAGGCGCGGCGUCAUCGAUCUCGAUGUUUUCCUUAAGCACGUGCGCCUCCUGUCCCGCAAGCAAUUCCAGCUCCGCGCCCUUAUGCAGAAGGCCAGGAAGAUGGCGGGACUGAGUGAUCUUUAUUGAACCCCCUUGUCUUUCCUUUCUCCUCCCCAGACUUUUCCUUUUAAUUUAUUCGUAGAUACCUGGCUGUGGCCCUUGUAAUUUAGGCUGAGGACUGAUGGUAAGGCCCCGCGGACUAACAUGCUAGUGGUUGGGGCUUCCCAUGGAUCUGGUUAUUCACCAGCAGUAGGCGGGCUCUGUGUGUUCAGCGUUUCCCAGUUAAGAGCCUGCACCAGAGGGAAUGCUGGGAAUUCUGCACCGAGGGACAGAUCUGCCUGCUGUAUGAUAAUCGGCUGAUUAAUAUUCUAAAUAAAUGGCUACGGAUUCUUUCA